AUGUCACACGGUAGAUCGUCUUUGACCAUCAAGUGUGUGGUGGUGGGAGAUGGGGCGGUGGGGAAAACAUGUCUGCUGAUCAGUUACACAACCAACGCCUUCCCAGGGGAAUACAUCCCCACUGUCUUUGACAACUACUCGGCCAACGUGAUGGUGGACAGCAAGCCGGUCAACUUGGGCCUCUGGGACACGGCCGGUCAAGAAGAUUACGACAGACUCAGACCACUGUCCUACCCGCAGACGGACGUGUUUCUGAUUUGUUUCUCGCUGGUGAGUCCUGCGUCGCAUGAGAACGUCAGAGCUAAGUGGUACCCUGAAGUACGCCACCACUGCCCGUCCACGCCCAUCAUCUUGGUUGGCACUAAGCUAGAUCUGAGAGACGAGAAGGACACGGUAGACAAGCUCAAAGACAAGAAACUGGCUCCAAUCACUUACCCACAAGGACUGGCACUGGCCAAGGAGAUAGAUGCUAUCAAAUACCUGGAAUGCUCUGCACUGACUCAGCGAGGUUUGAAGACUGUCUUUGAUGAAGCCAUCAGAGCAGUUCUUUGUCCGCCCCCAACCAAAGUCAAGAAGAAGCCCUGCACACUCAUCUGA